AUUGGACUUAGCGCAAAACAUUCAAGUUUGCUUCUAGGUGCCGCGCACGCUUCUCAAUUUUGGGUUCUAGUAUGGAUCCAUCGUUCAUAAAUGAAUUAACUAACUGUUUACAACAUACUGUUUCACCAGAAAGAGAAACCAGAAGAUCAGCAGAGGCAUAUCUUAAAGCUGUGGAACUACGUCCAUCGUAUUGCUUAUGCUUGCUCCAUAUUCUUCAGGAUCCAAAUGUCCCUUCCCCAACACGAAUAGCUGCAGCUAUCACUUUGAAAAACUUCAUCAAGAAUCACUGGCAAGUUGACUCAGAUGAGACAGAUCGAAUACAUGCAUCUGAUCGUGAAGGAUUACGCAAUCAACUUAUUGGAGCUAUGCUUUCUGUAGCAGGCAAUAUUCAAUCGCAACUUUCUGAAGCCAUAAGCACAAUUUGGCGAGAGGAUUUCCCAGAAAAAUGGCCGAAUUUGAUACCUGAAUUAGUGCAAAGAAUGGCACAACUUGGCGCAGAUUUAAAUAUGGUCCAUGGAGUUCUUUAUACAGCUCAUACAUUGUUUAAAAGAUAUCGUCACGAAUGCGCUGGUCCAGAUUUGUACAGAGAAAUGAAACUUGUGAUUGGUCAAUUCGGUGCACCUCUUACGGAACUUGCUAAGAAUCUCCUUGCCUUGGUUAUUGGAGCGAAUCAAAUCUCAGAUGCCUCACGUUUAACUACAGUUCUUCAAUGUUUACUACUAGUCUGUAAAAUAUUUCUCAGUCUUAAUUGUCAAGAUUUGCCAGAAUUUUUCGAAGAUAAUAUGCAAGAUUGGAUGACAUUUUUUCGUAGUUUAUUACAAUUAAAUGCAUCAACUUUAAAUUUAACCAAUGGAACAGAUGAAAAUAAUAAUGCUACAGUUUUAGUUGAACAAAUUAAAUCACAAAUUUGUGAUAAUGCCAGUUUAUAUGCAUCAAAAUAUGAACCAGAAUUUGCUUCAUAUCUACCUGGUUUUGUUACUGAUGUAUGGGAAAUGUUAUUAGGUACUAGUGCUCAAACAAAAUAUGACUUACUUAUUGGAAAUGCAAUUGGAUUUUUAAGCUGUGUCAUAUCUCGUCCACAGCAUAGAUAUUUAUUUGAAAAUCCUGAAACAUUACAAAAACUCUGUGAAAAAGUUAUUCUUCCUAAUAUGCACUUUAGAGCAUUAGACGAAGAAUUAUUCACUGAAAAUCCUGAUGAAUACAUCCGCUUAGAUUUAGAAGGUUCUAAUGCACAAACACGUCGAAGAGCAGCAUGUAAUCUAGUUCAUGUAUUAUGUGAAGCGUUUGAAGGUGCUGUUGUAACAAAUUUCGCUACAUAUAUUGAACAUUUAUUAAAUGAAUAUACAAAUACACCAAAUGGUGGAGCAUGGACUUCAAAAGAUGCAGCUUUACUAUUGGUCACUUCAGUUGCUAGUCGUGGUAAAACAGAAAAGCAUGGUGUUACAGUCUCCACUGAAUUAGUUAAUCUAACAACAUUUUUUGAAAAUCAUGUUUUACCUGAAUUACAAAAUCCUAAUGUUAAUUAUUUGCCUGUGAUCAAAGCAGAUUGUUUACGUUAUGCUAUUGCAUUUCGUUCGCUACUUCCAUCUGUGGCCUUAAUCAAUCUAUUAAAUAUGACUCCAGUGUUACUUACCGCUUCAGCACCGGUUGUACAAAGUUAUGUAGCUUCAUUAAUUGAUAAAUUAUUGGCUAUGCGACGAUUAGAUUCACCUACAGAUCCUGUAAUACUAAAAGAACAAGUAUCAGAACCUCAAUUAUUAAUUGAUAGAUUAUUGAAUAUUUUGAAUAAUCCUGAAUAUGGUGAAAGUGUUUAUGUAAUAAGAGCCUUAAUGCGAGUUUGUUGCUGUUUACAGGAACGUUGUUUACCGUCAAUGACAUCACUUGUAUCCACUUUAUUAUCUCGUCUUACUCAAGUUGCAAAGAACCCAUGUAAACCGGAUUAUAAUCAUUUCUUAUUUGAAACAAUCUGUUUAUGUAUUCGUUUAACUUGUGCUACGGAACCAGCUUUAGUGUUACAUUUUGAAGCAGCAUUCCUUCCAAUCUUUCAAGAUAUUUUACAACAAGAUGUUGUUGAAUUUGUACCAUAUGUAUUUCAAUUGAUCAGUGUUAUGCUGGAACAAUAUCCAUUAUCUCAAACUGUUCUAACUAAUUGUAAAUUACCAUCACCUGUUAUCAAUGGCAUGACAACAGGAACACCUAAUAAUUUCCGACCCUCACAAGCUUAUUCAGCUUUACUUCAACGAAUUCUUGUCCCAUCUCUGUGGGAACCAAAUAGAAAUGUUCCAUCGCUUGUUCGUUUGUUACAAGCUUAUCUGUUACAUAAUAUGGAUGAUGUGUUAGCAGCUAAUAAGGUUCAUUCUUUGAUUACACCGAUUCUAGGAGUAUUUCAAAAAUUAGUUAAUUCCUCUAUAAAUGAUGUAUAUGCAUUUGCUUUAUUAAAUGGUAUUCUAUUAUCUGGUCCAAAAGAUAUUUUAAUGCCAACAUAUUUUCGUCAAAUAUUCAUGAUUAUAUUUCGUCGAUUACAAUCAUGUAAAAGAGAGAAAUUUAUGAAAGCUUUUGCAUCAUUCAUUGCUCAUAUGGUAUUAAUCUAUUCACCGAAUGAAUUGAUUACACUUGUUGAUAGUAUUCAAUCGAAUCUAUUUGCUCGUGUACUAGAAAAAGUUCUUAUUCCAUAUGCUGAAAUUAUUAUCGCCACACCAUUGAUUUCAACUAGUGGUUUUGCAAAAAGUGCUGAAGUAUCUAGUCUACCAUCUACUUCUGUCUGUACAGAAUGGCGUAUGAAUAGUAUUGGAUUAAUUCGAUUUAUUGGUGAAGCACAAGCUUUACUUACUGAUGGUUCUACUUAUCGUGAAUCAUGGCUUCCUUUAUUAAUAAAAAUUAUUACCGGUUUGGCUAGUGGUCCAGGACGUGGUGGUGAGGCUGCAAGCGAUUUGGCUGUAUCGAUGGCAAUGAAUUCUAUGGUAGAUGGUUUUCAAAAAGAUGAGCGUUUCAUUGAAAUAGACUCAGAUCCUUCUGGUCAGUCAGCUUACUCUCAGUUGACAUUUGCAAUUCAAAAGUUACCGGAUUUAUAUGCUUCAAUUACUGAUCCCCGUGUUUACUUGGCAAAAACAUUGCAUGAUUUAUCCAAUCUUUCUCCUGGCAAGUUACCUGUAUUACUGAAUUCUAUCACAGAACAAUCUAUAACUCUAUACUUAAAAUCAUUAAUGGAACGUAGUCAACUUUGUAUUAAUUAGAAUAGAAUACAAUAUAGGAAAUAUGCACAGAAAUAACAACAAAACAAAAAAAAGAGAAGAAAUUAUACUACUUCUUUAUUAUUGUUUUCUCGUAAGAAUUAUAUAAAUGUAAGUUUGUGUGUGUGUGUGUGUGUGUGAAGGGGUUAAAAUUUCAAUAUCUCUCCUAAAUCCUUGUCAUUCCUUCUACCCCCCCUCUCUAUGUGUCUCCUAUUUCAUUAUCCUUGAUUCAAUUCAUAAUGUGCUAUAGUGAUUAUCGGUACGUUUGUUCAUUUUCUCUUUGUGUGUAUGUAUGUAUGUGUGUGUGUUCAAUUAAAAGAUGAAACAAUUCAAUAUUAUAAAGAGUAUACCAUUAUUAUUAUUAUUACUUAUUGGUUUUUUUGUUAUUAUUUUCCAAUUCCUCAGAUUUAUUGAUCUUUUUGUGUUCAUUGUUCGAGCUCACUCUGUAUGUAUGUGUGUGUGUACGGGGGGAGCAAGGUCUCAGAUUUCACUCUAUCUUGAAAGUUUCCUUUCUUUUUUUUCCUCAUUUCCAAACUGUUCAUUCACUUUUCCUAUCUAUUUUUAUUCUUUUCUAAUCUAUGUAUUGUAUUGUAUAUUUGUUUGAAUUUAUCAAUAGAUAGAUGAUCAAAUGAACAAAAUAAGAAAAACUUUUUUAAAUUUUUCUAUUUAUAUAAUAAAAUAGUAUAGAAGGUGCAUUUAUUGAAUAUAAAAUAUAUCUGUUCAGUUC